UAUUGAUUUUUACAUUUCCCUAAAUGGCCUCUUGUCUAUAUUUAUGAUUUCAAGGCUUACAUCCAUAAACAACCACUUUUUAAAUUCUUGUCUGAAUCUAACUUUCUGCUUUGCUGGGGUCAGUGUCAGCCGCCUCUUCUCUCCAUGACCCUGAUGCAGUCCAUAAUUUCCCCAGCUGGAUUCAUGCGGCUCUACACAGCCACAAACAUCAAAUCCCUCACAUCAGCAGCGCCUGAGGAGGAAUACAGCCCAACACGAAUCGCUGAUGGACACAGAAUGACUGGGAAGAUGGAUGGGGCUUUCUAAUGGGGAUGGUUUGUGGAAGGCAGGCGGGUCUCAGGAAGCAGCUGAGGAAAAGUAUGAGUGUGUAAAACACUAAUCCCCCUUUAGAACAUGACUGAAUGAGGGGUUCUUCUAUUUUAAAGGCAUCUAUUAAAACAUGUACACUCCCUUGUGUUGCACAGGUGAGGGUUUUAUGAAUAGUAUGAAAAAUAGCAGAUGUUCUUGCAAACCCUCACAAUUACCCUCAUGUGGAUUUUGCACAAGAAGUCAAUGAGAUGCAGAGAACAUGCAGCAGCGCGAGUGUGUGUGUGUGUGUGUGUGUGUUUUGCUCCUCCAGCUGUUAGAAGCUGCUGAAUAGUAAAGCUGCAGCAUGAUUCAGUGUGUGAGUGGAUGGAGUAGGAAGCGCAUUGGUCGGCGGGGAUCGGUCACAUGACGGUGACAGCAUGUGCGUUUUAAAAGAAAGGGGAAAAGAGAUUUGAGCGUCAAAUGCGGGGCUGAUAACGCACCGAGGACCCGGCUGCACAAACCCGCACCUGCUUCACCCCGGACCCGCCUCCAGAGGAGAGGAUCCUCAUUUCCCAUCUCCAACCGCAAUUUGCAAGAACAAAAAUCCCCGCAAGAUUUAAACGCACUGACCCACCUUUUGUUUCCUUCAUCACCACCACAACGGCGAGGACGCGCGUCCACGCAACACCUCGCACCGUUUCUCUCCAAAAAGGGUCGACAAGAGCUUCUCCAGGACCAGAACCUUAUGGGAUUCAGAAUGGAUGAGCAGAGAUGCCCCCUCCCUCCGCCCCUCAAAACAGAAGAGGACUAUAUCCCUUAUCCCAGCGUCCAUGAGGUUCUGGGUCGCUGUAGUCCUUUUCCACUCAUCCUGCUGCCACAGUUUGGAGGCUACUGGAUCGAGGGAACCAAUCAUGAGCUUAAAGACGCACCAGAAACUGAUCAACCUCCCUGUCCCUCCUCCCACAUCAAACUGGAGACCAACAGCACCGCCAAGAUCUACAGGAAGCAUUUCAUGGGCAAGGAACACUUUAAUUAUUACACCAUGGAUGCUGCCCUGGGCCACUUGGUCUUUUCCAUGAAGUAUGAUGUCAUUGGGGAUCAAGAGCAUCUACGCUUGAUGCUUCGCACAAAGCUAAAAACCUACCAUGAUGUAAUUCCCAUUUCCUGCCUUACCGAGUUCCCCAAUGUGGUUCAGAUGGCCAAGCUUGUUUGUGAAGAAGUUAAUGUGGACAGGUUUUACCCCGUCCUCUACCCAAAGGCGUCGAGGCUCAUUGUCACCUUUGAUGAGCACGUGAUCAGCAACAACUUCAAGUUUGGAGUCAUUUAUCAGAAGUUUGGCCAGACAUCGGAGGAGGAGCUGUUUGGGAACAUGGAAGAAAGUCCGGCCUUUGUUGAGUUCUUGGAGUUUCUGGGCCACAAGAUUGAGCUUCACGACUUCAAAGGGUUUCGAGGAGGACUGGAUGUCACUCACGGGCAGACGGGCACAGAAUCCAUCUACACAAGUUUCCAUAAUAAGGAGAUUAUGUUCCAUGUGUCCACCAAGCUGCCUUACACAGAGGGAGACUCACAGCAGCUGCAGAGGAAGAGGCACAUAGGCAAUGACAUCGUCGCCAUCAUGUUCCAGGAGGAGAACACGCCCUUUGUCCCAGACAUGAUCCAGUCCAACUUCCUGCACGCGUAUGUGGUGGUGCAGGUGGAGAGCGCGUGCACGGACAAUGUCACCUACAAGGUGUCUGUGACAGCGAGGGAUGAUGUACCUUUCUUUGGGCCGGCUCUGCCUGACCCUGCCAUCUUCAAAAAGGGUCCAGAGUUUCGUGAAUUCCUCUUCACCAAGCUCAUCAAUGCAGAGUACGCCUGCUACAAGGCUGAGAAGUUUGCCAAGCUGGAGGAGCGCACGCGCUCGGCCCUGCUGGAGACUCUGUACGAGGAGCUGCACAUCAACAGCCAGUCGAUGAUGGGUCUCGGUGGGGAUGACGAUAAGCUGGAGAACGGGGGCGGUGGAGGAGGAGGAGGCUUCUUCGAGUCCUUUAAGCGGGUCAUCCGCAGCAGAAGCCAGUCUAUGGACGCCAUGGGCCUCAGUAACAAGAAGUCACACACAGUCUCCACUAGUCACAGUGGCAGCUUUACCCACAAUCCCGCAGAGAGCCCCAAAACCCCAGGGAUUUCAUUGCUUGUCCCAGGGAAAAGUCCCAGUAAAUAUGGACGUCGAGGCAGUGCCAUAGGGAUAGGAACAAUAGAAGAGUCAUUGAUAAUUCCUGGGAAAAGCCCAACCAGGAAAAAGUCUGGGCCCUUCAGCUCCCGUCGCAGCAGCGCCAUUGGCAUCGAGAACAUCCAGGAGGUCCAAGAGAGGAGCCGGGAGGUGUCGCCCAUCCCCCAGAGGACGUCUGACAGCAGCCACAUGUCGCUGGAAAAUAAAUCAGACAACUCGUCCAAUCACAGCUCUCCAGAGUUCCCUGCCACCAGGAACAGUUGGGCGAUGUGUUACAGGGCGCCCUCCAUCCCAGAGGCGCAGGACCUCUCCCGCUCCUCCUCCAACGCCAGCAGCUUCGCCAGCGUCGUAGAGGAGCACGAGGAGGAGCAGGAUGCCGAGGAGGAUUACGACACCGGACUGGAGAGCGUGUCCUGUGUUAUGCCGCUCAAGCGUGACUCGUUUGUGUACAGCUCUGGCGUGGAGGACAAUGUGAGCAGCACCAGCCAGGGUAGUUUUCCAGCCUCUCGUCUUCAGCAGCAAGCGGACGGAGCGAAGACGUCAGAGCCAAAAGGGACAGACGGCAGGCCCAAGAUGGAGCGCCCCCCGCAGGAGCAAAAGUUCUCAUCGAACUGUUAGCCAAACCCAAAUGAAACAACAUCAACAUCCAUUUUCAGCAUUACCCCAUUUGAGGCAUUUGCCAAAGAUGAGCAGAGGGCAGUGGUGACUUCCACCACUGAUGCAGAAAGGGAGCAGAAUCAGAAGCCCGAACAGGAGAGCGAGGGAUCUGCCGCCUGUCACGACGAGACAUCCAGCUUCAAGAACGUGUUCUUACCUAUCGCCCUCAUUCCAGCUCCACGUGGAAUCCCUCUUAAACGCUCGAGGCAAAGACAAAGAGACCUCCGCCACCACUUCCGGCUGACGGACUGUCAUGUGUCAGCUGGCUUAGCAGAGUAUGUUUGCCUGCUCCCUCUCCAGGCCAGUAAACGCUCUGAGCUCUGAGACCCGAUUCUUUCUGUAAACUGCCCUCCUCCAAUGUCAUGUCUGCUUUUCAUGAUCAGGAAUUGGUGAACAGGGGGGGGGGGUGUGUAAUCUUGAGUCUGAGAGGAGAAUGUGAAGGUCUGUAGAGAGAAGCGUUGCACUAGAGAGGAAAUGUGUUUUUAAUGUCAGCCUCGCAUCCCACUGUGAUAUUGUACAUGGGUUUUAAAUGUACCCGGUGUGUGUGUGUGUGUGUGUGUGAGUGUGAGUGUGCUUCAGGCCAUGUUUUAGUUUUACUAUCUAUUUCUCUUCUUCUGAGUAUCCUGCGGUGAAUAUUGGUUGUAAAUUCAUCAUGUUUUUGAUGGAGGGUACAUGACCAUGCUGCUGUUGGUGGCUGUGUAGGCAUCAGUUACUUGGAAUACGCCACAGAAAAUGUGUCUGCAGUUUUUGCAUUCAAAAUGUCGGUCAAGACAAAAAGACUGUGAUGAUGCUAUAAAAAUAUAAACAGCUUUACUGUAGAGCCCCAACCAGCAACAUGCUUCAUACUUCAAGCUGUUUAGAACUUUGCGUCCUAAUGCUCUGUCACACACCACUUGUUGAUUUGAUGUCUGUGUACGGGUGUGUUAUACAAACGAUACUGUGCAUGGUGUAAAUCUGCUUGCCAAAAAAAAAACCCUCUCCUCCUGUACACUGGUGCCAUCCAACCCUGUGAUUUGUGUUUUUAUUAUGGGAAAGAACCAGCCAACAUCUCCAGAUGCAGUGCACAUUGCUGAUAGAGAGCCAAACGCCACAGUUUCCCUACUUUAUUUGUAAAGUUGAAUAUGUGUAUGUACAUGACCGGAGCACUAAAGGUUUUUUCCGGAUGCUGACCUGCUGAGAAACAUGAUUUGUCAUGAAUUACACUGUGACUCGUCUUGACGUUGCCUUUAUGAUUGUCGCGUGAGCUGCUCUGAGGAUAGGUCAUUUAAUUUAAAAAGGCACCGCGUUGCCGGCUGGCUUGAAUGUAAAACUAUAGGCAGACAUGCAGUCGUACGUACACGUCUGCUCUCACCAACAGUGAUGCUGCGUGUGAAGUUCGAAGCAGCUCUGAGUGGACGAGCUUCCCCGUUUUUCGUUUGUUAUGAAGGAAAGAACUGAUUCAUUCACCUGUUUUAUUUCAGUUGUGUAACUGAAGCGGAUAUGAGAUUUAUUGUCUUUGGUUAAUUAACAAAAGCAUUUACAUUUUACACAUGACAUGUAGUAUGAAAUGUUUGAACACACUGGACCAAAAUCAGUUUAAAGCCACAAGUUUCAAGGUACAAAGAAACAUUUUGCAUUUGACCUCAGAAAAAAAAGGCAUAGAAACAAAUAUAGAAUUAUUUUGGUAAUAGUUUCACAUGUGUAUUAUAGCUUACUGCAUUGAUUUAAAAUAUCAAUAUGUUAGAUCAAAUGAUUUUCAUCUGGACUUCAGGAAUGCUUGAGUAGAUGAAGUAUGCCCUCUUGUGGCUAUGUAAUAUUAUAGCACAUUACAAUGUGUUCCAUUCAUUUAACUGUGCUUAACACUGUACUAUACCAACGUCGAUCCAAACCACAAAAAGAUUGGAAGUGAAUCUUCUGUGUGCUCAAUUCAAAUGAUUGUAAUUCUGUUCUUGUCAACAGUCUGCUUAAGCCCUUGUUCAAAAGAUUUGUAAAUAUUGCUGUACAUCCUUUUUUGUAACUGAAGCAAACGAAAAGGUUUAAUAAAUAUGAAGAUGCAUAACAUCAAACCUCUCCGGUCAUUUCAGCGACAGAAAUGUUGAUGAAAGUGGCACUUAAAUGAUUUUAAGAAGCAGAGAUAAUACAGGCGCUUACAGAACAAUUAUCAUCCAACCCCAAGUGACCUCAAUAUGCUAAUGUUU